CGCCUCAGCCCGCGCGCUCGCAGCUUCUCGCUCUCGACCGCCCGCUCGCUCUCUUGCUUGCUCGCGCUUUUGCUCGCGCUCUCCUCGCAGAUCGAAGGGGCUCUGGCCACAACCUGUGACUGGGAAGGGAGACAGAGGCGGCGGCUCAGGGGAACGGGGCUGCAGUAGUGGUGGUGGCGGGAAGAUGUCGGGCGAGGACGAGCAGCAGGAGCAAACUAUCGCCGAGGACCUGGUCGUGACCAAGUAUAAGAUGGGGGGCGACAUCGCCAACCGGGUACUUCGGUCUUUGGUGGAAGCAUCCUGCUCGGGUGUGUCAGUACUGAGCCUCUGUGAGAAAGGUGAUGCCAUGAUUAUGGAAGAGACGGGGAAAAUUUUCAAGAAAGAAAAAGAAAUGAAGAAAGGUAUUGCCUUUCCCACCAGCAUUUCAGUAAAUAACUGUGUAUGUCACUUCUCCCCUUUGAAGAGCGACCAGGACUAUAUUCUCAAGGAAGGUGACUUGGUAAAAAUUGAUCUUGGGGUCCAUGUGGAUGGCUUCAUUGCUAAUGUGGCCCACACUUUUGUGGUUGAUGUAGCUCAGGGGACCCAAGUAACAGGGAGGAAAGCAGAUGUCAUUAAGGCAGCUCACCUUUGUGCUGAAGCUGCCCUACGCCUGGUCAAACCUGGAAACCAGAACACACAAGUGACAGAAGCCUGGAACAAAGUUGCCCACUCAUUUAAUUGCACACCAAUAGAAGGUAUGCUAUCACACCAAUUGAAGCAGCAUGUCAUCGAUGGAGAAAAAACCAUUAUCCAGAAUCCCACAGACCAGCAGAAGAAGGACCAUGAGAAAGCUGAGUUUGAGGUACACGAAGUAUAUGCUGUGGAUAUUCUCGUCAGCUCAGGAGAGGGCAAGGCCAAGGAUGCAGGACAGAGAACCACCAUUUACAAACGAGAUCCUUCUAAACAAUAUGGCCUAAAAAUGAAAACUUCACGUGCCUUCUUCAGUGAGGUCGAAAGGCGUUUUGAUGCCAUGCCGUUUACUUUAAGAGCAUUUGAAGAUGAGAAGAAGGCCCGGAUGGGUGUGGUAGAGUGCGCCAAACAUGAACUGCUGCAACCAUUUAAUGUUCUCUAUGAGAAGGAGGGUGAAUUUGUUGCCCAGUUUAAAUUUACAGUUCUGCUCAUGCCCAAUGGCCCCAUGCGGAUAACCAGCGGUCCCUUCGAGCCUGACCUUUACAAGUCCGAGAUGGAGGUCCAGGAUGCAGAGCUAAAGGCCCUCCUUCAGAGUUCUGCAAGUCGGAAAACUCAGAAAAAGAAAAAAAAGAAGGCCUCCAAGACUGCAGAGAAUGCCACCAGUGGCGAAACAUUAGAAGAGAAUGAAGCUGGGGACUGAGGUGGGUCCCAUCUCCCCAGCUUGCCGCUCCUGCCUCAUCCCCUUCCCACCACACCCCAGGCUCUGUGAAGUGCAGUUCGUCUUCUCCACCCAGGACCACCAGCAGAGUGGGGGUCUCCCUGCCCCAUCCCAGGCCCCCAACCCAACCCCCUUCCAACAACAACAAGCUCCAACUGACUCUGGUCUUGGGAGGCCAGGCUUCCCAGCUACCGAAGACUACUUUAAAUAGAAAAGAAAUUGAAUAAUAAAAUCAGGAGUCAAAAAUCCGUCGUCUUCAAGCCCCUCUUUCUAGCCUUUUUUCUACCACUCUGCUUGGUCAAGGUUUAUGGCCCUACAACAACAGGGAGGAUGCUAAAGUAGCCACCACCACUAAAAAUUCACCUGGAAUUUUUUAUCCACUUCAAUGUCAGCAUUUUCCCAUCUGUUGGGGCUUGUUCCUCACUUUUCCUACUCUCCCCAAGUAUUCUAUGUGGCCUCAAAAUAGAGAGGAGCUGUUCUUCAGAUUAUUUUUAUUCAUAUGUAGCAGAUUCCUUUUCUGAUCCAGGCUGGUCUGGUCAGGCCACUCCCAUUUUUAGGAGCUGAAGCCUGUACUUAAGGGAUUUCCAUCUAUGAAAUGGAUCCUCAUUUAUAAAUCUUUUUAGCCAUUUUUGUUCUGUAGGACUCCCCCCCCCCAAAAAAAAACAAAAACAAAAACAAAAACAAAAAAACCUGUAAAGGAGGAGUUUAUUUCAACCUUGUCCAUUUCUUUGGAGUCAGUGGAGUAUUCCCUUGCUCCAUUUUAGAAAUCUGAGCUGGAAGCUCAACUGUGGUUUUGUUCUCUGUUUGAAAUAUUUUGAUCCCCUCCCUUGAAAGAAAGACCAGGAACCAGAGGAGCAAACUGAUUGGAAGACAACUGGCUUUCUGAAGCUGUGGACUUGAAUGGAUUGCUAGGGCUUUGUGGAGAGAAAGGUGAUGAAUUUCGGCACCUCUGGCAUGCAGUCCCAGGGAACUAGGGCUCCUGCUAACUUAUGAGGUUUUUAAACACAUUGAAAAUGACAUGGCGUUAAAAUAAAUUUGGAUUUACUCAA